AUGACAGAACACAAAAAUCCCACAGAUAUCAAUGAAGUAUUACCUCCGUCUUUAGCUGCGGUUAGAGAGAUAUUUUCGGAGUUUAACGUCUCAGAAGUUUCGGAUGAAAUAUGUACACGAGUUUUGGACGUUUUGUAUAGACACACAUGUGAUGUUAUUGAAGAGGCAAAGGCCGUUUCUCAUCAUGCCGGUCGAACGAAAAUUGAGGAAGAUGACGUACAACUAGCCAUCAAUUCAGUCACAGAUGGACUUAUGUUUGCACCUCCCUAUAGAGAUCAGUUGCUAGCUUAUGCUGAGAAAAAUGAACAGCCUUUACCAGCUGUUCGUCCUCACUGUGGCAUUCGUUUACCCGCUGAACGCUUCACACUCACAGCUCCAAAUUAUUCACUUUUACCAUGUGCAGAUAACGCAAAAACAAAUCCUUCAUCUGAACUCGCUGGCGAUUCUUCGAUGGCACUGCAUAUAUCCAAUCCGGUGAAUUCUACCAAAAACAUAUUUAGAGCUAUUAACCCUUCAGUCAGACCAAUUACUGUUGGUAAUCCUAUGGGACCAUCUGUUCAUGUUAUUGCCGCUCCUGGAAUGGGACCUUCUAUGAUUCGUGUUCAAACUGUCCAAAAUGUUACUCAAUUGUCCAAUGUCGAUACCAGCACUGGCUUACGAACACUCCCCGUUGGCCCUACAGUAUCCAGUGUCAUGUCUUUGAAUCGACGUUUCAUGGACACAUCAUAA